UCACCCUGAUCCUAACUCCUAAGCUGCGCAUGCGCGGUAUUGUGUGCUUGUUCGGCCAAAAAGGACGCUACCCUGCCAUUAAAACUAUAGAAAUUCGCAUUAUAAAAGUUACUUACUGGUGAACAUCAAUAGGAAAUAUUCUUCAAAGAUCUUCAUUAUGACCUAUAGAAGUAGGAGAUCUCGUUCACGCUCACGUUCUUAUGACCGGGACCGCGGUCGACGGGACGACUGGGGUCGGGGGUCAAGUAGCUAUGGUGGAGGGGGUGGAUUUGGGGGGAGGUCAUCCCUUAAGGGCAAACAGCCUGGGGGCAACCUGCGAAAGCCACGCUGGGACCUCUCCAAAUUGACACCUUUUGAGAAGAAUUUUUACCGUCCCUCUGACGCCGUUGUAAAUCGUCCUAAACAUGAAGUUGAAAAGUACAGGAAUGAUAAAGACAUCACACUUCGGGGGAAUAACAUACCAAACCCAAUUCAGUAUUUCUCUGACUUCACAUUCCCUGACUAUGUGGAAACGGAAAUUCGCCGCCAGAAUUACGAGUAUCCAACUCCUAUUCAGGCCCAAGGCUGGCCCAUUGCACUGUCUGGGCGUGACAUGGUUGGUAUUGCUCAGACUGGGUCUGGCAAGACCCUGGGCUACAUUAUGCCUGCCAUCAUACACAUCAACAAUCAACCUUACCUCAGUAGAGGAGAUGGACCAAUCGUUUUGGUUUUAGCACCCACCAGGGAGCUUGCCCAGCAAAUCCUUACAGUCGCGCAAGAUUUUGGCUCCUCUGUUAAGAUUCGUUCGACUUGUGUUUUUGGUGGAGCUCCUAAAGGCCCACAAAUCAGAGAUUUGGAAAGGGGCAGUGAGAUCUGCAUCGCAACACCUGGAAGGCUCAUUGAUUUCCUGGAGUGCGAGAAAACAAACCUACGCCGCUGCACAUACCUCGUGCUGGACGAGGCUGAUCGCAUGCUCGACAUGGGAUUUGAGCCGCAGAUCAGAAAAAUUGUUGAUCAAAUCAGACCGGACAGACAAACUCUGAUGUGGUCUGCCACGUGGCCUCGGGAAGUACGCAACUUGGCUGAAGAUUUCCUGAAAGAUUACGUGCAGCUGAACGUCGGGUCGCUGCAGCUUUCUGCCAACCACAACAUUCUGCAAAUUGUGGACGUGUGUCAGGAGGGAGAGAAGGAUAACAAGCUCUAUCAGCUUCUGAACGAAAUGGCACAGGAGAAAUCGUGCAAGACGAUCAUCUUCAUUGAAACUAAACGCAAGGUUGAACUUGUCACCAAAUCCCUUCGCUCCUCGGGUUGGCCUGCAAUGUGCAUUCACGGAGACAAGUCUCAACAAGAGCGGGACUGGGUUUUAAAAGAAUUCCGGUCUGGAAAAGCACCCAUCCUUGUCGCCACCGACGUUGCUGCUCGCGGCCUUGACGUCGACGACGUGAAGUUCGUCAUCAACUACGACUACCCAUCUUGCUCUGAAGAUUACGUUCACCGCAUAGGAAGAACAGGCCGAUCUGAUAAGACAGGCACAGCCUACACUUUCUUCACCGCCGACAACUGCAGACAAGCCAAAGAUCUCAUCGAUGUUCUCAAGGAAGCCAACCAAGUUGUGAAUCCCAAGCUCUACGAGAUGCAAGACAUGCGCGGUGGAGGUGGGCGCAACAGAUGGCGUGGAGGAGGAGGAGGCGGUGGUCGUGACCGUGAUCGUGAUCGUGAUCGUGACCGUGACCGUGAUCGUGGAGGUUAUGGAGGAGGAAGUUCUCGUGACGACCGUCGUGGCGGCGGUGGCAGCGGAUACAGCAAUGGCUACGGUACGUCGUCAUCCUCCUCGUCCUACGACAAGGAAGGUUUUAAUAGAACCGGAGGCUCUUCCUCCACCACCGCUGGUGGUAGUGGUGCUGGUGGUGGUGGGUCGAGCGUUGCAAGUGGUGGCACCCGUCGUGGUGAAAGCAGCAAUAGCUACAGUAAUGCAGGAGGCAGUAAUAAUAAUGCUUCUUCCAUGCCUUCCACUUCUCAUGGAGGAGGAGGUGGUCCUCUACCACUCAUGGGAGUAAAUGCCGUUAAUCCAAAUUACGGUGCGGGUAACCCAGGACCAUCUAAUGGCGACGGCAGCGGAGGAAGCGGGCCGUCAUUCCAGCAGCGCUCGAUGAUGCAAAGCAACUACGGGGCCGGUGGGCAAGGAGGGAACAACAUGCCACAGCAGCAAUUUGGGGGUAACCCUGGCAUGUAUGGCGGUAUGCCUCAACAGCAGAUGUCUCAGCAGCAGCAGCAGCACCAGAUGCAGCAGCAACAGCACCAGAUGCAACAGCAGAUGCAGCAGCAGAUGUCUCAGAUGCAGCAGAACUGGGGUGGGAUGAUGCAAGGCCCUGGCAAUCAAUCGAUGGGCGGUGCUGGCAUGCAGCAGAUGGGCUGGAAUCGAUAAUUUUGAUUUCUACGGUGAAGGAGAAUCAAGUUAGUUUUCAUCUCUGAAGUAUUCUUUUGUUCCCAUCAAUGGAAACCGUAAUUGUAUCUCUCAGAAAUUUAUUGCUUUUAUUUUGAUUUCGUGAAAUUUUGAGCAAAAUUUCAUAUUUCUGAGGAGCAUAAUUCCUAUUUGCUUGUCUCACUGCACUGUGGCAUUCAUUAUCGUAUUUUCCAGUGCAAACGCUAUUAUACGAAAUUGUUCGUGCUUUCAACUGCAUUUAUUUCCUGUUGUUGAACUAUUAUGAUCACUGCCGUAAGCUGAGAGUAUUUAACGCCUAUGUAACCUGAAAGUCUAUACUCGUAUUUAAAAACAUUCUGGGAGCCUAAAAAGAUGUUUUGCUGGUAUAUCUUAUUUUUACUUGCAGUUAAGUCGUUCAAUUGUUUAUUGUUGUAAGUACGGAAACCGUAAUGUUUCUCCUUUCAUUUAGAUAGUUUGAUGAUCAGUUUAGAGGGAGAUGAGCUGUGAACUGAAUUGUUCUUGCUCGGUGUAUUCAAGCGGGUUGAGAGAUGGCUUUACUAACUGAGAGUUGGUGUGGUAAAUCAGCGUUUAAAAUUUUGACUUUCUUCACUGGAUGAAGGAUUUGUGAGGUGUCUUCUUCACUCUUUAAAUUAUGUCUUGCUUUGUGGUAGCGAAUUAUAAUGUAACCCUUAUUUCAAAGAUUGUUUUCUGCUAUUUGUGUCUGCCUACCUGACACAAUAUGCUGACGAAAUCCCUCUAACUAAUUCAUGUUAUUCUUUGUUGAAGGGAGAAUAUUGAGGUGCAGGGAAGUUAUGUUUCUUGGGAUUGCAGUAACUAUUGCAUGGGCUGAACGUCCUUGUCGGGGCUCUGCAAAUUAAUUUAAACUUCUUCGAAUUUAAAUUUUUAAACUUCUUCGAAAGGCCGUAAUUUCUUCGUUGUUAUGGAAGAGAGUUAUUAUUCCAUUUAUUUCACAAUAUCUCUCGUUAAAUUUUGUGUUGAAAUCACCUUACUUGAAAAGACUAAUCAGCCUUUUUGUGAUCCUUCAUUUUUCAAUCAUUAUUGAGUUCAGGAUGAGGGUCUGUGGGCUCGAGUCAAGGUUACUGAUUACGUGCAACUUGGCAAGAUUGAGAUGGACAAUAGCCGGUGAACCUCGGUAAAAUGUCAACUCAUUACUUUCUAAGUAAACAAAUUUGUCAACUUGUUCCUUUGUUAUUCCCAUGAAACUAGAGACGAGAAAGCAAGUCUAGAGGAGGGAGGGAGAAAGUUGUUUGUUCGAUGGUAUUUUAAGGUCUGAUUUAGAUGGUCAAGGGCUGAUCUAGAUUCCUUUUUCAUACCACAAAUUGGUCUAGUUGUUAUAAUGCCGUUCCUAAUUGUGUAGAGAAAAGCAAGCAAGUCUAACGUGCAUGCUUUUAUGUCAUUGUUUGGCAGGUAGGUGAAGUGACCACUCGGGCCGCCCGUGAAGUGUGCGCGGUUGCCUCCUACCUCUCCCUGCACCUCCUCUUCCGGCUUGCUAAACUCGGCGUCUUAUUCACAGCCGUGUCACCUCACACACAUGCGUUCUUUGUCGCUCUGCAAAUCUCUCUAGUUUUAAAAAGAGUUCGAUUUAAGCCCAAAUUUACUUUCUGGUAAGAAUUGUGAUUGGUGCAAGUCAUGCUGGAAUAUUAUUCUUGUCGGCCACGCUGGACUAAUCUUGUGUCCACAAAAAAUAAAGUACUGUAAUAUAUUACUAAAUAAGUGCUAGCUGCUUUAUUGUAGUUUAAGCUGAAAUUUGUACCAUUAGACUUUGUAAUUGCGUUAUCUCUGAUGCAUUGAACUUCACCUGGAAUGAAAUGGUUUAUAAUGAAAUUUUUUCGUCAUUGAAAUUAUUGCUUUGCAACAGUAAGUCGUAUAUUUAAUGAUCAACACGACUUGUGAUAAGAAAGCACAGAAUUCGUGACUGUUUGAUUCAUUCCUUUAUCCUCAUUAACCGUAGGCACGUCAGACAAAAAGCAUAAAUUAUAAUGAAAUUGAUGUGUCUGUAAGGAAGGAGCUCGAGAGCCCGCUCUGUAAAACACUAAAAAUGUAGCUGGGUAUCUUAUCUCUCGUGUAAGGAAUAUAAGUUCGGAGGUGCUGGACGUUUAAUGUGCAAAUCACUGCUUUCUAAAGUAUUUGUCUAAUUUAGAGUGCAUUGGGAAUCAUUAUCUCUUUAGAACUUGCUUCAUAUUGUUCUCGUAAUUGAGCAUUUCGAGGUGUCGAAAUUAACGACUUAACGUUUUCAUAUGUGAUUUCAUGGGGAUGGAUAUUUUGUGUAAAAAUUUGCGAAUGAAAAUGCUAAAAAUGCUGGCGAAAUUAUGCUUUCGCUGUUAACGGCGACAUCAAUUUCCUAGUUAUAAGCUUGUCACGUUCAUGGUGGCUAUUCAAUUCCACCGGUUUAGUUGAUUGAAAUCUUUCCAAAUAUUAGGUAGUGUUCAUGUCGAAAAAUCUUCGUCAAAUGCGCAGUUAUAAUUGGCUUUGAUCAAUGUCAUCCGAGAUUAUUUGCCGUCGUUCACGAAGACCAAUUAUUAUUUGCCUUGACUGAGAAAAAUAAUUUCUUGCCUGUACAAUUUUUUCGAUUUCAUAUUUAAAUUCCUUUCAUAUGUUAAUCCACGGUCAAAUUCUGUCGUAGUUCUUAAGCUUAUUUUUGUCCAUUUUGCGUUGAUAUUUUCGUAGUGCUUUACGAGAUAGCGUCGAGUCUCAACUAGGGGUGUUGAGAAAUAAAUUAUUUUUAGUAAAGGCCAGAAAGAAACAAGUGUCAAA